AUGGGCGGUCCGCCGCAAUACCCUUACAGCAUUCCUCCGCCUGGCCACAAGCGGCCAUUUCGCCAGAGAAGAAAAGAUCCUUCCUGCGACGCUUGUCGCGAGAGAAAAGUCAAGUGCGAUGCGACAGAGCACGGCCCCUGUUCGAAAUGCGCAGCCAGAAACGUAAAAUGUCAGUUUACGAAAGAAACAAGUCGUAAACUAUCAUCGAUCAAACAAGUACAAGAUCUCGAAAGGCAGUUGGAGAGAGCAAAAGCGCAGAUUCAGGCGCUCUCGGUUCCUGAGGGUGGAAAUCCGAAUGCGGAGUACUCUUAUCCAGGGACGCCGAGUGACGAUCAGGACGAUGGAUACCGUGGCGGAGAACAGGUUGAUGAGCGGUAUACAAAAGCAUCGGCGACACCAAUCGCUCACGAGCGUUCGCCAGUACCGAGUCGACCCUCGCCAGACAACGAGCCGUGCUUACCUCCGCGCGCCGUUGCGGAUGAUCUCGUUGAAAGCUACUACAGAUCGAUGCAGACAGUUCUUCCCGUGAUCCACUGGCCAACAUUUAUGGGAAGAUACAACGAGGCUUACGCCAAGGGGGACCUCCGCUCUUUCAACCGGACGUGGGUCGUUUUGUUGUAUUCCGUCUUUGCAUUGGGAGCUCAGUACAGCACGUUACCGCGAAACAACAAUGCCACCGCUGGUCUCAUUAACAACGGCAAUGAGUACUUUGCUAUCGCACAAAGCCGCGCACAAUGGGAUCAGGCCGAGCCCUGCCUCGACGACGUUCGCAACGCUUUGUUGAAGUCAAUCUACCUUUCGGAAACCAACCUCAUGACGCCAGCAUGGACCUGGGCGGGGACGGCAUUGCGCAUUGCGGAGAGUAUGGAUUUGCACAAGACGCCAUCGAACGCAUCCAACCCCCAGCUUGCAGAGGAGCUCGAGAUGAGGCGCAGGGUUUGGUGGGGUGUAUACGUAUGGGACAGAGUGUUGAGUGCAGAGUAUGGGAAGUGUCUGAGUAUUGACGACUCGGAUGUUAGUACGUCUCUUCCAGGUGUUACUGCUGAGGCUAUGCUCUCAGAAGAGGGAGCAGGUGCUCGGACUGGAACUGACUUAUUCUUGGCUGGUAUCUACACCGCCCAGAUCGUCGGUGUCGUCAUGAAGGCCCUUACGGCGCCUACCAUCGGCCAGCAGGAUCUCGAGGGGUUUGAGUCGCGUUUCCGCAGCUGCUGGAAGGCGUUCCCUUCCAUGUGUUAUCCCGACCAGAGGGGUCCAUUGCCUCCCCAAGCUUUCUUGCCUUUGCACUUCAUGCAGAACGCUCACCUCGUCUUGUACCGCCACAACCUGUCCACUGCAACUUCUCAGCACCUUCGCUUGUCUGCCUUUGACAAGUUGGUGGAUGUUGCUCUUGACACCUCCAAGCUUGUGACGAGAAUCAUCGCGCACCCUCAGCGACCAACUCCUGCUUCCCCGUACUUAUCCGCACAGAGCUUGACCUUUGCCGAGAACCGUGCCGUGUACCCUGGAUUGUCAAGCUUUGCUGCCGUAUCCUCUACUACCGUCACUCACUUGUGGCGCUGCACGCUCUUCUUGUGCUUGAGGGGUUUCUGGGAAGAGGCUUUGCCUCCGGUGCUUGCUUUGGGUGUGGUUGGAUACAGGAGGCAUGUCAACGAGGGAUGCGUCGCCUACCUCCUUCAGUUCUUGCGCUUCGUGCGUACCCACAAGCGGGAAGGAUGGUUUGAUGAGAAUGGCCGUCCUGCUUCUGCAGAGGCUGCUGAAGAGGUUUUGUCAUUGGCGAUGGGUGAUGUGCAGGCUGGAGGUGCGGCUCGUGAGGCACUUGGUAUGCUUGCUUUGGGCGAACAUGAGCGUACGCCUAACCACCCUUGGUCAUACGUGGCUGAAGUCGAGACAAUCAUCAAGGAGAUGAUCAUGAUGAAGCGUACAGACUCUGCGCCCAAGGUUCAAGUCGAAGGACCGCGUGACGAGGGGGCCAUUAGCUUCCCCACUCUCCCUCCUUUGAGAUAUCCCAGCGAGAGAUCAGGCGAGACGGCGCAGGAUGCUGCCAGCAAUGCAUCCACCUCACCCGUCCCUCCUUCGAGGAUGAGUGUCAACUUUUUGCUAUAA